CUGGUCUUUCUCGCGAGUCCUUCUCGGUGAACUUGCUUCCUGCAGCUGCUUCUUCGUGGAACCAUUGUAUUAACCACAGACGUUGAGGCCAGUCGGAACAAAACAGUAGGAACACAAAAUGGCCGCCUGGUUGCUGCGUUCAAGUCGACUUGGUGCACUCAAGUUUGACAGCUGGGGCACUCUGAGACGUCAACCCCCUGGUUUGUUCUGCAGUGAAGCUAAAGAGUCGGUAAAACCAGUGAAAAAUACAAAGGAUCCAGACAAGACAGGUGAAGAUGAGAGGGCAGCUAUGUGGACUUACAAGACUACUGUGGCCUUUCCAGUUAAAUUGUUGGAACCUGGAAUUUUGCCAAACUUUCUAGGUGUAACUAAAGAGCCAGUCCACUUCACUGCCACAUCAGAAAAAACUGCAGCAUCUGUUACAGCUUCCACUAAAUCUGCUGGAGAAAAUCACCGACUGUCACUGCUUCAUCUGAUCUGUAUCAAAGCCAAGAAGAAGUUUCUCAGAUACUUGCUCAUGAUACUUUACCGGUAUAUGUACCAGCAGAAGAAGCUUCAGUUGAGGCACUUUGUAAAGGCUCAGUGCCAGAAGACAUUCCUUCCCUUGCUGUGACCAUAGAUGAUGUUGUAAAACCAACUACGGUUUCUUCUAAGCUUGGGAAUUCAGCAGCUGAAGAACUGUCUUCCUCAUCAUCCAGUGAAUCUGAUUCAGACUCAGACUCAGACUCAGAGUCCUUUCCUGAAGAUGAGAAUUUAGAAACCCAAACCAGAAGCUUUUCUCUGGAAUUGCAACUACCAAGUCAUCAAGAACAGAGAGAAAUGAAAGAGUUUACAGUUAGCGGAGUGACAAAGGGCCUACCUAAUUCAGAGGAAGCAGAAGAUCAAUCUGUAGUAGAGGCCUCCAAAGAUAAUUUGCAAGUCUUUGAUAUCCUUACUGCUACAAAGAGUGCAGCUGAGCUUACCAGUUCUGCUUUUUCAACCCAUACUGCUCCUACUGAUACCCUGUGU